GCGAAACAAAAAGGCGUAAAGCCAAGGUCCUCGUAUUCAUUUGCAUUCAUCUGGGCAAUUUUUCCCGCCAAAACUCUUUCUGCAGAGGCAGAGAGUGAUGGCUUCCUCCAGAACCCUUAUGGAUCUAUUCCAACCCGCAAAGCGUCUGAAGCUAUCCUCUUCGCCGGAUCCCUCCAAACCGCAACAACUCAGUCCUUUCAAAGUGGCAAAAACUCUAUCUAACUCAUUAUCCUCCACUCCUGAAUCUGAAUCUUCCCGGCUCAUCCCCGACUCUAAUCCUUCCGGCCUUACCCCCGCGCAAAAGUCGCGUAUGGAAUUCAACAAAUUCCUUGCGAAAUCCAAGCGUAAUAUCAAAAUCUGCUCACAAAGAGUCGUCAAAUCCACAGCCGAGGGUGUAGGGUAUGUGCGAUUGGAAGAGCUCUUGGUGGAGGACUCGUGGUUGGAAGCCCUUCCCGGAGAGCUACAGAAGCCGUACGCGAAGAGCUUGCAGAAAUUUGUUGAAAACGAGAUCAGCGCUGGCAGGGUGCCGAUAUAUCCACCACAACAGCUUAUUUUCAAUGCUCUUAACUGUACUCCAUUUGAUCUAGUUAAGGCUAUCAUUAUUGGCCAGGACCCUUACCAUGGACCUGGUCAGGCAAUGGGUCUCUCAUUUUCGGUGCCAGAAGGAGUGAAGUUCCCUUCUAGUCUGAUGAACAUAUUUAAGGAACUUAAGCAAGAUCUGGGUUGUUCCAUUCCAUCUCAUGGAAAUCUGGAGAAAUGGGCUGUACAGGGUGUUCUCUUGCUCAACACUGUUCUUACAGGUAAUAUCCUUGAUAAAACUCACUUGCAAUCUAUAUCCUCACUACAUUAUCCAAUGGGGAGCUUGAAUAUGUGA